AAAGAUAGAUAGAUAGAUAGAAAGAUAACUUUCUUUAUUUGGUGUUCGGCUGAAGGCCCAACUGCUGUAGUUGAACAUCAACACCAACAACCAAAACAUCGAUUCAGCAGUAAAACCUUAUUCUUUCAAAGAUGACAGCCAAAAGCAAAAUAUUUGGCGGGAUCCAAGAUUUUCCGUUCGAUACAAAAUUCAAUGUAGAAGAUGCAAUGACUAUGAAGUUUGAGGAUAAGACAGAGAAAGAACUUGCCGCCUUGAAGCAGAGUUUCCUUGAGCUUCUUCAAGACCAAAAGGCCAUGCUGUACCAUCUUCAGUCUGAAGAAGACUACAUAAAACAGCUCAACGAAUUCCAUGAUCAGAUUCAUACAAAGACCGAAGUAGAGACUUUAAAUGAAGAGGAAGAGAAAAUUCUAUCAGAAUUGAAAGAAGAUAUAAUGAAAUGCUACGAGACAACUGGAAUUGGAGUGGAUUUCAAACUGCAAGCCUACAUCAUUAAAAGCAUAGAUGUGUACCACAUAGUGAAACAUUAUAAACUCCUUAUGCUGUGUACGUCAAUGGAGGUGAAAAUCAUUGUAGAUCUAAUGAUUGAUAUGAGAGACAUGAAGCUGAACUACCAAGUGGAGAAGCUGCAAAUGAAAUUGAAGGACAAGACCAUUUCUGCUGCACUUAAAGAUACAUUGGCUGAAUUGGAGAAAUCUAAAGAUCUCGUUAAUGCCGUCCGGUUUCUCUCUUCCUAUGGUUGGUUGAGAGAUCAAAGAAAAACCAUUUUUACCAACCUGGAGCAGUCAGAAGAAUUCUCAGAAUGUGUAACUUUUCCCCAAACCACGUCUGGUGAAACUAUUAUCAUUUUUGAUCCUGAUUGGCCAGACAUCAAGAUCCAUGUGAACUGGGUGAUACAACAAAACUUUCUGCUCCGAGCUGAGUCCUACCUCUCAGUGUUCUGUAAAGUCUCUCGCUCAAAAGAAGCAUAUUCGAAAGCAGAUUUCUUGACCAAUCUUCCACAACUCUUCAAACAGUUGCUUCAGAAAGAAGGAGAGGAAGGAGCCUUGAGAAGUCUUAUAAAAAUGGUGAAAACAUGAACCAAGGUAGUUUUGGGUUUCUGUUUUGUUGUUUUUUUGGUUUUACUUUGCUGCAAGAAUUGUCCAGAGCAUUCAACCAUGAAUUUACUCAGUUUUGAGUUCCUUUGUACUUUUUUUUUUUUUUGCCUCUAAAAGGAUGCAUUCCCUCCAAACAUCAUUGAUGAUUUCCCAUUUACAAAAAGCAACA